AGUCCAGUUGGGAGCGCAACGCUGUAGGAACUAUGCUUCUACGCGACAGCGUUGUGAGAGCAGUUGAUUGCGCAAUCUUUCACGCGCGACAGGAAAUUAUCGCAGCUAAUCUCCAGAGUCUCAGGAAGCAGUAGGAGUGCAGGCGCGGGCGCUGUCUAUGUCAAGCGCGCAGGCGUAUUUGGAAGCAGUGGGGAGAGGAUGCGUGCCGAGUUUGGAGACGGGAAGCCGCGCUAGCCCUGGCACGUGACGUAUGCAGCAAGUUUCCGCCUCCGGGGCUCGCGCUGAGAAGAGCUGGUUACUUGGCCCGCAGAUAGUGCUUCUGACCUUGCAGUGGCUUCGUGCGAUCGAGGUGCAGCUCAGGCGCAGCUCGUCGGCUCGCCAGACAGCUCACCAGCUCAUCAGGUGCAGCGCAUUGCGUGCAGCUAGGGUGGCAGCUAUAUGUUGCUUGGCAUUGAGGUCACCCAUCUACAUAGCCCGAGCUUCAUCGGAAGCAUUCGAGCUGCAACGAUCGUGGCUACGCCUCAUUACGGAACUCCGGAGCUCGCACAAGGAAGCAGCCGGAAGUAUUGCAGCAGGGGGCGUACACGUUGGUCACUGGUGUGGUGUGCCAACGGCGGGUCAGAUUGUUGAGCGCAUUCCGUGCAUUACGUAGCACGGUUGAGUCCAGCUAUCCAAGAGCUGACCAUGCACCACACAAGCCGUCCACCAUGAUGUGCAGUG